AGAGACGAGGAAAGCAAGUGGUUGGUUUGGAAAAGCUUCUCGAAGUGAGGAAAGCACAGGAGUGCCGACCUCGAAGCGGUUCUACCACGGAAAUCCGACGGCCGACUGGAGGAUUCGCAGACGUGCGCCUUUAAUUUAGAGGCGUGGAGCGCUCUCAACCUCGUACACGCUGCAUGUACGCCGUUUGUACCUGCGAUGUGUAUGUGCACAUACUGAGAUCACAAUGUAAAACCACCGAAAUGGUGACGUGCAUCUACAUGACGUAUGGAAUACUAACGACGAGCCCAACGAAAUUGCCGUCCAUCGUACACGGCUAUCUACCCCCUCGAAACGUUCCCGUUUCGACGAGUUCUUCAAGGAGCGUUAUUUACGCCAAUCACAAGUACGACGUUGUCGACGAACCUGAAGAAAAUGACGAUUAUCGUCUAGAUGAUAGCUAUUUGCAUCCGGGCUCAAGGGCAACUACGGUGUCUCUUUCUUUUAAGGAUGAAAUUCCUAAAGCGUUCGAUAAAACUGAGAAAAUUGUCAGCUCAAUGAAUCAAAAUCGCGGGAGAUUCCCACCGAGGUCAGAAAAGUUUUUUGAUAUAUCGUCGAAGAGUUCAAGCUCGAUUGAACGUCAUCUUCUUGCUCCUGUCAGAUCGCGAUACAAUGUAGAGGAGGAAGCAAAGAAAGAAGAAGACUAUGCCGUUAGAGAAAACACAGCUACCGAUUACGAAGGAUCGCCGGCUUAUCUUGGGAAAAAUGUAAAUCCGACAAAGCCCUAUCAGGAUUCGCAAGACAUAACAAGCGCCAUCAAGUUUCUGGAUCGUUUCCUAAGCAGGACACUAAACGGCGAUAGCUACAACAACGAGCUACAUCCACCAACCAAUCCUGUUUUGGCUCUGGUCCUGUCUCGAUAUGGACGAUACGUGUCUGGCCCACGAAACCCUCGUCUAUAUUCAUAUAUGGCGAUAUCUCUUAAACGCGGCGAUGCCCAGACUUGCGAACACUCACGGAUGAAGAUCGCGUGUUUGGCUAUCGAUUGAUGUAGUGGAUGACACUGAACAUUAGAAAAAAACUGGCAAAUUACCAUCAAU